AUCCGUCUCGUUAGCCCAUUACCGUGGAGCAUAAAGUCCCAGCCCAAGCCCAUCCGACCUCUACCGUAUAUCGUUCGUUGCUCGAUCCGUCCCAAAACCCUAUCUUUGCUUCUCCUCCGCGUGCUGCUUCGACCCAAACCCUAACCAUACGUUCUCUCCUCAUGGCGGAUUCCGGAGUGGAGAUGGCGGCCGCUGGAGAAGUAGAAGAAGAGAUUAAGACCUCGGGGGAAGAGGAAGCGAUGCAAGUCAAUGAAUCUGAGGCUGCGGCGGACGAGAUCGUAGCUGCCGCCGGAAACCACAAGCGAAAGCAUGAGGAUCUGGAGCCCUCUGACGACGCUGAAGACGCACCGGCCAAGAAACAAGAGGUCUCAACCGAGACCCUCGCCGUAGCCGACGUCGAGACAAGAUCCGGCAACGGAGAGGUCGCUGAGGAUGCCUCGGUGGAAGAUUCUGAUGAGGUAAAAGCGGACCUUGUAGCAAACGCUGACCAAAAUCUAGAAGUGUCUGAGGUUGUUGAAGUGAAAACUGAUGACCAGGUUGAACAACAACUUGCUGGAACCGAUGGCUUGGUGCCUGUCGAGACUGACAAAGAGAUAAAAGAAUCAGAAACAGAAACGGAUGAAAAUGGUAAUAUUCCUUCUGAAAAAGAUCCCGAGAGCUUCGCAUCACCUCCAAUAGAUUCAGAAGUUGUAUCUCAUAAAAUUGAAAUUCCCAACAACAAGGUUGGAGUUCUUAUUGGGAAAGCUGGUGAGACAAUAAGGUACCUUCAGUUCAACUCGGGAGCUAAAAUUCAGAUAACCAGAGAUGCUGAAGCUGAUCCAAAUUCUACAACUCGUUCCGUGGAAUUAAUAGGGGCCUUCGAAAGCAUUAACAAGGCAGAAAAACUCAUAAAAGAUGUUAUUGCUGAGGCUGAUGCUGGUGGUUCACCAUCCCUGGUGGCUAGAGGUUUUGGAACUUUACAGUCUGGUGGAGAACAAUUUGAAAUUAAAGUAGCGAAUGAGAAGGUUGGGUUAAUCAUAGGCAAGGGUGGAGAGACUAUUAAAAAUUUACAGACCAGAUCUGGCGCUCGCAUACAGUUGAUACCACAACAUCUUCCUGAGGGUGAUCCUUCAAAGGAAAGAAUUGUUCGAAUAACUGGAGAUAAAAGACAAAUUGAAUCUGCUAAAGAAAUGAUCAAGGACGUAAUGAAUCAGACACCUAGGGCAUCACAUCUCUCUAGUCACAGCCAACAAAACUACCGGGCUCGUGGGUCAAACUUACAGCCCCACUGGACAGCUCGAGCAACUUCCCCAGCACAACGUGGAGGUCAUGAUUACCAGCAACGAGGUUCAUAUCCACCUCAAUCUGCACAUUAUCCCCAACCUUAUGGUGGCUACUCACAACAGUCUGCUCCACGAGGUGGAUUUGGCAAUGCUGGUUGGGAUCAGAGAUCAUCUGCGCCUGCCCAUAAUGCUCCAACUAGUGUGUAUGACUAUUAUGGGAAUGGUUGCCCGCCAUCUGGAGCUCAAGCUUCAAUGGCCAACCCCAUGUCUGGUCCAUCUCCAGCGCCUAUGAACUAUGGGCAAUCACAACCUCCAAAUUAUGGACAUUCUGCUCCCUAUGGACAGCCUACUCCCAUGCAACAGAACUAUAAUCAGAGUUACAAUGACCCCAGAUACGAUAGUCAAGCACCAAAUCAGCAGUUCUAUAACCAGCAAUCAAUGGGCCCGCAACCAAAUGCCUAUGGCCAAGGAACAACGCAUACAGGCUACACUCAGCAACCACCGUAUAACAAGGCAGCUUAUGGUGCAUCCCAAGAGGGACCUUACGGUGUUCCACAUCAAGAGGGGCCGCCAUCUUAUGGCGUGCCACCGCGAGCAAGUCAACCUGGAGAUCCAACAUACCAGGGUUAUGGACCGCCAUCUUAUGGAUCUGGUGCUCAGCAAUAUCCUUACGGUUCCAAUGCAGCUUCUCAACCGGCACCUGCUUAUAAUCAGACUUAUGGGCCUGCAUCUGGAGCUACUGAUGGAUACGCCCAACCACCACAGGCAGUUUAUACUCAGCAGGGGGGACAAGCUCCUGGCUAUGGACAAGCUGGACAGCAAGCAUCUGCAUACUCUCAGCCAAGUUCCCAGCCUUCUGCUUAUGGGCAGUACCCCACACCCCAACAAGGCUAUGCUGACCCUUCCUCAGGCAAUACAAAUUAUGGAUAUCAUGGUGGCCCUGCUCAAGCAGCCUAUGGUAAUAACAUCCCAGCAUCGGGUUAUGCUAGUGCUCCUGCUGCCGGUAGUCAACCUGGUUAUGCUCAGCAGCCAUCAAAUCCUUCUGGUUAUUAUGACCAGACUAUGGCUCCUCAGGCUGGAUAUGCGGCCAAUCCAAAUACCGCACCAGGCUAUGCAAAUCCUAAGAGCGUCUCCCCUCAACCUGGAUAUGGUGGUCAGUAUGAUUCUGCUCAAUAUGCUCAUCACUGAUGAAAUUAUACUGAUUGUUGCUAGAACUUUUAGUAUAUUCGAAAGAUGUGGUUUGUAGCUGUGGACACUGAUGAAAUUGUAGCUGUGGACAUUUCGGUUGGGCGGCUGAAGCCUCUUACUGUACUAUCUAAUGUUUUCGAUGUCAUUUUGACUGCAAUGAGUACUCAAUAUGGAGACAUCACUAGUUAAGUUGGACAUGUACCCUAUCUUCUAUCUUAUGUAUCGUUUUACUCAA